GCGAGUGCCGGCACCCCCAUUUCUCCCAACUCCAAGUCCGCGCUGCUGUCUCAACUCACUGCCACUCAGAGGAGGGCCACCUAUGUGCCCUACGUGGCCCUAGCCCUUCGCCAGUGCAGCGCACCUGCUGCGCCGCCCCAGUGGAGCGGGGACCCGGUCCGGGUCGGCGAGAUGCUGCGCAUGCUCAGUCCUGCACUCAGCCUCCAGCCGCCAGGGGGCGCACUUCCCUCCGCGGUCGCGGCCCCGCCCCCGGCAGUUGGAGUUUGAAUCCCCGGCGGGCUGCGGCGGCAAGUGUGGCUUCUUGGAGCUUGGCAAUGGGGAGUCCUAGUCGCAGCGCGCGGUGCCCGGUGCUGGAGCAGCGUGCCCGCUGGGAGCGGAAACGCGCCUGCACCGCCCGGGAGCUGCUAGAGACCGAGCGGCGCUACCAGGAGCAGCUGGGGCUGGUGGCCACGUACUUCGUGGGGAUUCUGAAAGCCAAAGGCACCCUGCGACCACCAGAGCGCCAGGCCCUGUUUGGACCCUGGGAGCUCAUUUACGGAGCUAGUCAAGAACUGCUGCCCUACCUGGAAAGAGGGCACUGGGGACUCGGACUGGAGGGCUUCUGCACCCACCUGGAGUUCUACACCCAAUUUGCUGCCAAUGCAGAGAAGUCCCGGACCACCCUGCAGGAGCAACUAAAGAAAAGCAAACGGUUCAGGAGGUUUGUGCAGCUUCAGGAGGGCCGCCCUGAGUUUGGGGGCCUCCAGCUCCAGGACCUCCUCCCUCUGCCUCUUCAGAGGCUCCAGCAGUAUGAGAAUCUCGUCGUUGCUUUGGCUGAGAAUACAAACCCCAACAGCCCUGACCACCAGCAGCUCACACGCGCUGCCCGGCUGAUAAGUGAGACUGCCCAGAGAGUCCAUGUCAUUGGUCAGAAACAGAAGAAUGACCGGCAUCUCCAGCGUAUCCAGGCCCUGCUCAGUGGACGCCAGGCAAAGGGACUGACUACAGCCUCGUGGUCCUGGAGCAGCACUGAAUCACAGCUCUCCCAUGCCUUAGGUCGCUGGUUCCUACGCCAGGGCUGGCUGCUGGUGGUGCCUCCUCAUGGUGAGCCUCGGCCACGGAUGUUCUUCCUCUUCUCCGACAUGCUCCUCGUGGCCAAGCCUCGACCCCCAUUGCACCUGCUGCAGAGUGGCACCUUUGUCUGCCGGGCCCUCUACCCCAUGGCCCAAUGUCAACUUGAGAGGAUCUUUGGCCAUUCAGGAGGUCCUUGUGGUGGACUGCUCAGCCUGUCCUUUCCCCAUGAGAAGCUACUGCUCAUGUCCACAGACCAGGAGGAGCUGUCACGCUGGUACCACAGCCUGACUCUGGCUAUCAGCAGCCAGAAGAACUAGAGGCAUCUACUGUGAAAUUCCAGAACCCAGGAUACUUCAGGGAUAGGUCAGAGCCAGGAACACAAAGGAAUCUUCAGUAUUAAACCACACAGUCCUUCAUAGUCUGAGGAGAGUCAUUCUGAGUUCACUUGGAGCCAAGCCAUGUCAGGCCAUCUGACCAACUUAAGACAGAAGAAACUAAGUCUGACCCAGCUGAACCUCAACUCCACCAGCCUCUCCAACACACGAGGGGACUUGGAACGUAAGACGACUCGGUGCUGUGUGGUGGCCAGUCUGUGCUCAAGGUUACAGCUUUGUAGCUAUUUGUGUAUAUGGUCUCUAUGAUUUAUUUAUUUUCUCACUGGCUUGCAUUUAAAUAGUUUUUCUUU